CUCGGAAGCCGCAUAUGUAGUACUCGAAAUCCUCAACUCCCAAAAUCCUGCGCUCCCAAGAAAAGCAAGGAUGAAGGGUGUUGUUUCAGCAGCUGGAGCUCUGCUCUCGCUGGCGUCGACAGCUCGCUGCAUUGGCUACGCCAAUGUCUCUGAGGUGCCGCUAUAUGGGCAGAGUCCGCCAGUCUAUCCAACCCCCGAAGGCAAUGGAGGCUCAGAUCCGAAAUGGCAGGCUGCAUGCGUCAAAGCACGCUCCAUCGUGGACCAGCUCACUCUCGAAGAAAAGGUGAAUAUGACUCGAGGACACCCUGGCUUGUGUGUUGGAAACACGCCCAACAUCACUCGGCUCGGAAUACCAGCUCUCUGCUUUGCGGAUGCUCCAGACGGCAUCAGAGGGCAAGAGUUUGUAUCUGCUUUCCCAGCGCAGCUGACUGUUGGCGCCACCUUCGAUAAACGCUUGAUGUAUGAAUACGGCAAGGCUCUCGGAGAAGAGUAUCGCGGUAAAGGCAUACAUGUAGCUCUACUUCCUGUAGCUGGCCCACUUGGCAGAGUUGCACGUGGCGGGCGAAACUGGGAAGGGUUCGGCGCAGAUCCCUACUUAUCGUCUGUUGGCAUGCGCGAGGUCACCACUGGUCUGCAGGGCCAAGGUGUGAUCUCUCAGAUGAAGCACUGGCUGCUCAACGAGCAGGAAUGGAGGCGCAACCCUGGAAGCAUGGGCGAAUCCAUUUCCAGCAAUGCAGAUGAUCGGACUAUCCACGAACUCUACGCCUUUCCUUUCAUGGAUGCUGUCCACGCUGGCGCUGCUUCGGCCAUGUGCUCUUAUCAACGCAUCAACAACUCCUACGGCUGCCAGAACUCCAAGCUCCUCAACGGCAUCCUAAAAAGUGAACUGGGGUUCAAUGGCUUUAUCACGAGUGACUGGGCUGCUCAGCAUGCUGGAGUCGCCAGUGCAAACGCUGGACUGGAUCUGGUGAUGCCUGAUGGCGGAUACUGGGGCGACAACCUCACUCAAGCUGUCCUAAAUGGCACAGUUGCUGAGACACGGCUCAACGACAUGGUUACCCGAAUUUUCGCUGCAUGGUACUAUCUCGGGCAGGAUGCGGGAUAUCCAGAAGUUGGCGUGUACCCGUACGAUCAGCAACACCCCAUUAUCGAUGUUCGCUACGAUCACGCAUCUUUGAUCCGCGAGAUCGGCGGUGCUGGUACCGUGCUCGUCAAGAACAAGGAUCAUGCUCUGCCAUUGAAGAAGCCUAGAUUCUUGAACAUCUACGGAUACGAUGCGAAAGCACCAGACUCACCUUGGACUACACCUUCUCGUUUCGGAGGAGGUUACGAUGUCAACUUUGGCUGGGAAACCUUCAACGGGACUCUGAUCACUGGUGGCGGUAGCGGUGGUUCGAGCCCUUCGUAUUUCAUAUCACCCUUCGACGCCAUUCAACGCCGUGUCAUUGCAGACCGAGGCACCGUUCGCUGGGACUUCGCAAGUGUCAACCCAACAGUCUACGCCAAUGCUGAUGCUUGCCUGGUGUUCAUCAAUGCAUAUUCCUCAGAAGCCUUCGACCGUACCACGCUCAAGGACGAGUUCUCAGACAAUCUAGUGAAGAAUGUGGCUCGCAAUUGCACGAACACCAUUGUUGUACUGCACAGUGUCGGAAUCAGAGUCAUCGACGAAUGGGUAAACAACGAGAACGUUACAGCCAUCGUAUAUGCAUUGCUUCCUGGAGAAGAGGCUGGAAAUUCUAUCGCAGAUGUGCUUUACGGCGAUGUCUCGCCCUCAGGCCGCCUGCCCUUUACAGUCGCCAAGAACGAGAGCGACUACGGCAAUCUGCUCAACUCCACGAUUGGCUCGGGACCAUUCCCGCAGGACAACUUCACGGAAGGUCUAUACAUUGAUUACCGUUAUUUCGAUCAACAGAACAUUGAGCCAGAGUUGGAAUUCGGCUUCGGGCUCUCAUACAGCACCUUCGAAUACUCAGAUCUGAGCAUCACUCCGGCCAGCAAUACCACGCAGGAAUGGCCGACGCCAGACAUAGCAAUUGCACAAGGCGGACAUCCGGAGCUCUGGGAGACAUUAUUCCACAUCACAGUCCAGAUCACGAAUACAGGAGACGUUGCUGCAGCAGAUGUGCCGCAAUUGUAUGUUUCUAUCCCAACGGCACCCAAGUGGCAAUUGCGAGGCUUCGAUCGCCUGCAUUUGGAGCCAGAACAGACCAAGACCGCAACGUUCAAGGUGACCAGGAAAGAUCUGUCAGUAUGGAACGUUGUGCACCAGCAAUGGCAGCUUCAGCAAGGGCCAUAUGAUCUCUUCGUUGGCUCUAGCAGUCGCAAGCCACUACUGGAAGGCUCACUUGAGAUCUGAAGGAUUGAAACGAGAACAAUGACUAUGCAGUGAUAUAUCGCCGCUGUCGCUUAUUAGUAGUGAU